CAUUCUCGUUAGUUGCAUUAUUGCUCCCAUCCAGUUCAGACGUACCUAUUUAACAAAUAUAAUAAAAUCUGCCAAUUUAUCAUGGAACGUUACGUGGGUAAAGUUGCGAUUGUAACCGGCGCGAGUUCCGGCAUUGGUGAAGCUAUCGUUGAUAGUUUAACCAAAGCUGGCAUGAAGGUUGUUGGUUUGGCUCGUCGUGUCGAACGUGUGCAAAAUCUUGCUGACAAACUUGCCAAAGAUGGUGCUAAAGGAAAACUAUACGCUGUUAAGUGUGACAUGCGCGUUGAAGAUGACGUAGUAAAAGCUUUUGAAUGGACAACCAAGAACGUCGGAAAUGUUCAGGUUCUUGUUAACAACGCUGGAGUAAUCGCACAUUCCAAUCUUUCCGAAGGUGCUACUGAAGAUUGGCGAAAAAUUUUGGAAACCAAUGUGCUUGGUCUGUGCAUUGCCACCAGAGAAGCUACCAAAAUAAUGAAAGCAAACAAAAUUGAAGGUCAUAUUAUUCAUAUUAAUAGUAUUGCUGGUCAAAGUCAUCUGUUCAUGCCUACAAUUAGUGUGUAUGGUGCUUCCAAACAUGCCGUUACUAAUCUUACGGAGAUUUUGAGGCAGGAGAUGGUUGCACAGAAAACAAACAUUAAAGUCACCAGUAUUAGUCCAGGCGCUGUUAAGACCGAAAUAAUGGAUCCGGUAAAUAUGUAG